GUCGCCGGAGAGCGGUUGCCGGUGCGGGGCCGAGCGGAGCGGAGCGGAGCGGGGCUUGGGCAGCGGCUGGGACGCGGGUGCCCGCGGGUCAUGGACGGGCGGGCGGUGCUGAUCCACGCGCUGCUGGCGGCGGUGUGCUCGGCGGCGGCGGGCGGGCUGGGCCGGGACGAGCUGCACAACGAGGUGCUGCACAAGGGCGGCGGCGGCGGAGGGGCGCCCGUCCCGGCCACGGCCGCGCUGCUCGGCGGCAGCCCGGAGAAGGAGGGCGGCGGAGCGGCCUCGGGGGACGACCUCAGCGAGCUGCCGAGAGUUGCUUUCCUGUCAAAGCCUCAAGGCCUGGUUACUCCCAAGAAAAAAGGGAACGGGAAUAAAAGAAGAAAAGGCAAAGGCCUGGGGAAGAAGAGAGACCCGUGCCUGCGGAAGUACAAGGAUUUCUGUAUUCACGGCGAAUGCAAAUACAUCCGAGAGCUGGGAGCUCCCUCCUGCAUAUGCCAGCCAGGAUAUCAUGGAGAGAGAUGCCACGGCCUCUCGCUGCCUGUGGAGCACCCCCCCAGCGCAUACGACCACACCACGGCACUGGCUGUCGUUGCUGUUGUCCUGUCCUCCCUGUGUCUCGUCAUCAUCGCAGCCCUGCUGAUGCUCAGGUGUCACAAGAGGGGUGUCUACGAUGUAGAAAACGAGGAGAAAAUCAAGCUGGGCAUCACUGUGAAUCACUGAGGAUGCCGGGUGCUGGCGAGGGGUCGGCACUAACGCACUUCUACCUCCUGGAAGAGGCGAAAGCCGCGGAGCCAGCACCGUCCCUGGGAGCCCACAGCAUGGUGGGAACUUGCUGGAGCAGCAGAACGGCACCCGCUUCGGGGCUGGUUGGGCAGCGGUGUCACUGCAGGGAGCUUUGUGGCCAUCUCUGGGAUGGAGGGGGCUCGGGAGAGGCCCUCGCUGACCAGGUGGCUGUGUGGAGGCAGGAGGGACUGGCCAGCCGGUGGCAUAGGGACUCUCCAGCAGCUCUCCGUCCACUGCGGUGCAUGCCAAGGAACAAACUGUGAAAGGCGAGGAGACCGGGCUCGGGGCUUUCUAGGUGCAGGAGGGGUGGGAGGGUAACAGCUAUUUAACAAGAUAUUUUUCAUUUUAAAUUAUAUAUUUAUUUUAGAUAAACUGUACAUAGUAUUUAUAUUUAUUGUAGGUCUAGCCUGCAUCCUUCAUGUAGAUCAAGAUGACAGGGUCAGACCUCCCUUAUUUUUUAAGUGCAAUGUAAUAUUCUAAUAAAUAACACUUUGUUACAAA